GGGGAGAGGCCGGCCCCCGUGUUUUCAUCACGGACGUGUCCGCAGCUGAAGAGGGAGAGACGCAGCUAAACCCGGGAUCGGAGCCAUGGACAACUCCGGGAAAGAGAAGGAGGCUCUGGCUCUCAUCGCCGAGGCCGAAAAGAAGACGAAAUCCUCGCAGUCCUUCUUCGCGAACAUGUUCGGGGGGUCCUCCAAACUGGAAGAAGCCUGUGAGCUGUACGCCAGAGCAGCCAAUAUGUUCAAAAUGGCAAAGAACUGGAGCGCGGCGGGAAAUGCGUUUGCGCAGGCAGCCCAGCUGCACCUGCAGCAGCAGAGCAAGCACGACGCGGCCACGAGCUUCAUUGACGCGGGGAACGCCUUCAAGAAAGCAGAUCCACAGGAGGCCAUUAACUGCUUGAACAGAGCGAUCGAGAUCUACACAGACAUGGGUCGCUUCACCAUCGCAGCGAAGCACCACGUCUCCAUAGCAGAGAUCUACGAGAGUGAGCUGGUGGACAUCGACAAGGCGAUCGCACACUACGAGCAAGCAGGAGAUUACACACAGAGGGAGAAGAGUCAAACAGCUCUCGCUAACAAGUGUCUACUGAAAGUGGCAGCGUACGCAGCCCAGCUGGAACAGUACCAGAAGGCCAGUGAGAUCUAUGAGCAGGUGGGCACUCACGCCAUGGACAGCACUCUCCUGAAGUACAGUGCCAAGGAGUACUUCUUCAAAGCAGCUCUGUGCCACUUCUGUGUGGACAUGCUGAACGCCAAGCUGGCUCUUCAGAAGUAUGAAGAAAUGUUCCCGGCUUUUUCAGACUCCAGGGAAUGCAAACUGGUCAAGAAACUGCUAGAUGCUCACGAAGAGCAGAAUGUUGAUGCCUACACUGAAUCUGUUAAGGAGUACGAUACAAUCUCUCGACUGGACCAGUGGCUGACGACCAUGCUACUCCGAAUCAAGAAAACCAUUCAGGGAGAGGAGAGCGAUCUGCGCUAAAGAAUGAACCCCCCUCCCCCCUCUACCCCCUCCUCCCCCACAACAGGAGCUUUCAACCAAAACCAAAUCAA